AUGGCUCGCGUCGUGCUCACUGCGGAGGUUCGCCAGCUCACAUUUCCAGCCCGCGAGUACUUGAUCGACAAGGACUUCGAGUGUGGCAUCUGUGCCGACGAUCAUGAGGCUGGUAGUCCAUACGUAUCGGUAGCCGGCGAUGCCAUCUGCAAAGAAUGCUAUCUCACGGUAUUGCGUCCUCAAUUCAUCCAGGCCCAGAACGAUGAAGAAAGUUACCCGGUCAUGUGGGCACGCGGAAAACUGGAGCCGUCUGAUUUCCCGGACUUCGAUCACAAGGAGCUCAUGGUCUGGGAGGUGCGGAAGGCUUUGCACGAGACGCCGCGGUCGCAGCGCUUGCUCUGCCAGCACUUCUAUCGCAAUAAGAACAAGGAGGAGGGCGAUAAGUGCCAGCACGAAGCGAUCAGCGAAGCUGACUAUGAGGCCGCUCGACGCGAAAAGGUUGAGUGCGGCGAGUGCCUGUACUUCCUUGGCAACGCUUCGGAGGGGAAUGAUACUAUCACCUGUGAUGAUUGCCGUGGCACAUCCUGCGGAAAAUGUGGCUUGCCAUUCGGGUUUACGGAUGAAGCCGAUGAUCACGAAUGUCCGCUAGGCGCGCGUCCUACUGUACUUGACUCCAUCGAUAAGACACUGGUCCGUGGCACCGACUUCCAAAUCUGUCCAAACGAAACGUGCGAGCGGAUCUAUGGCCUUUGGGAUGGGUGCAACGCUAUGGUUUGUGAGCGCUGCCGAACAGCAUUUUGCUACAUCUGCGGUGUUAGGGCGAAGGGCGGGAGUAGUAACCACUGGCAGAAAAAUAAGCCAUGCCCGCACUAUGGCCAGCCUAAGAUGGAAAGAGCAAUGUGGGAGGAAGCUCUUGAUCCCAACGAGCCUCACCCAGCGGAGCUUCCCGAGCCGCCUUUCGAUGUACCAGAUUUUGGCAUCCCAGUGCAAGUUGAUCCUGAAGAUGUGGUGGAAGCCCUAGACGGCCGCAUGAGAACGGAAACCCUCGAGAACAAGCCUUCGCAAGAAGUGAUCGAGAGUGGUAACAUGACAGUCGAAGAAGAGGCAGCGCUCCUCGAGAUGGACCUGAACCACGCCCGCGGGGCCCAGGUUGCAUUCAACGCCGUUUGGCAGCAGGGCCAUAGGGUGUCCACUACCUAUGGCGAAAGAUGGCUGGGCGAUCUAGACAGCAUGCGCACUGGAUUCGACCGACAUAUCUUCUUCUGGCAGGUAAUCCUCGGAAACCUCCACUCCAUCGUCGGCUAUAUCUUGGACAGUGGUCCGCUAUGCGUUCCAUUCGACGUCCAGGCUCGCUUCACGGCUGCUCUGGAGCCGGGAUCAAUGGACCCGAUGGAAGCCAACGAAGAGGCCAACGAGUACGGGACAGAGUUAUGGGAGAGGUCCGACAUAGCUUUGCCAGCCCUUCUUGAGGAGAUCAAUGAAGAAGACCCUUCAGCGUGGGCGGAAUGGGGCGUAGAUCCUCGUGUUGUAGAGAGGUGGAUACCGAGGAUGCAGGCCGCAUCGGAGCGAUAUUACCAGCUCAGUGAGAUGCUUGAGGAGUAUCUGGGGAUUGAGGCUCCCCCACCACCAGUAGCCGACUUGAACAUCGCCGAUGAUGACGAUGAUGAUACGCACGAGCCUGGAGUGGUUGUGGUGGAUGUUACGCUAGACUGA